AUGGAGACAAGUAGUGUUAUUGCAAAGAGUGAUGGAGAGUUAAUUUCUAGCAGCACAGAUGACAGUGCUGCUUUUUCGGACGUUGAAACUGUUGCUAAAGGUUGGAUGCUAGACUUUUUAUUCAUUUCUGCCUGCCGUUUUUUCAAAGAGGACAGACACUUGGAGUUCAAUCGGUCGUUGCAAUCAUUGGAAGCCAUACUUGAAGGAUGUGACCAUUUGAAGAAAGAUCAGAAAAUGAAGAUGGAUGUAUGUAUGUUCCUAUCACGGAUUGUGCAUGGAAAACACAUUGAUGUCCAGUUUGAAAAUGAAGAAGAGGUCACACCGCUGUUGUCUGCUUUGCGUACUUGGGAAUCCUUUAGCGAUGUGGUCCCUGAUAAGGUUCUCUAUGAAAAAAUACAGAAAUUACUAUUCAUCCAGUCUGUAGGUGUGUGUCUGGAGAAGGGCAAUCAUACCAUUGCUUCGUGGGUCCUGGACAAGUUGGAGGAGCAGUGUGACAUACCAGAGACACUGAAAAUGAAACUCGCCCUGAUUGUGAAGAAGAAUGAUGCCUAUCAACAGUUCUGCAGCUUUAAUCACCUAGUGAAGAGCGUCAAGUCAUUCCUGGAUUGGUUUCUGAGCGUUCAUCCUUCUGACUUCCUACUGAAGGCUGCCACUGUAGUGGCACUGUCGUGUGGGGAGGAAGAGACCAAAGAUCCCAAUGAGUCAGGAUCAACAAUCCAGGAUGAAGAGGGCUUGAAAAAGAGCUGUGAAGCAUCUGAAUUGCCAGCAUUACCAAAAUGGACUUGGGAAGAGGACAAGAACCUCAAGGCUGGAGUGAGGCGCUAUGGAGAAGGAAGAUGGACCCAGAUCCUGGAGAACUUUGACUUCCCGGGCCGCACCAGCGUCAUGUUGAAGGACCGGUGGAGGACCCUGAAGAAGCUUAAGAUAGUGAAUUAAUGGGAUGAGCAAGGAGGUUUACCACAGACAUCA